AUGAGAGCCGCACGUGUGGCGUAGCUCUACGAUUCGUAGAGGUUCCGAGCGUAUCACAUUCAAUAUGAAGUUUACCAGUCCGGUUUACGAAAUGUUAUUGUGAAGUUUUGGCGUGUUUUAGUGAAGUAAACGUAGGAAUUCAAUAGACUUGAUUUUGUUGUUUUGUUAUAUGUAAAACGACAGCAAGGCAUGUGGGGCGGCGGCGCGCAGUGCGUGCACGCGACGCUGCCACGCGGCGCCCGCACACCCGCACCAGCGCCCACGCUCAGCGGCGCCAUAGCCAGCCGUCGCCCGCCCAGGCCAACGCCGCCUUCUCCAACUUUAGUCGCCAAGAUCGACUCGUCAGUGGCGUGUCUUUGGCUUCUAACACCUUUGUCAGCGGGAACCGCGGUGGUCGCCGUAUUAGUGGCAGUGUCCACCAAUAACUGGCUACACACACAAGAAAAUAUGCUCAAUCCUCUAUACAACGGCACUGGGAAACACGCUCUUGUCGCUAAACACACCGUAUCAGGACUCUGGCGAAUAUGUCAUACCGAACCGGGCAGUACGGUGUACGAAUGUCUGGACAUACCUUAUUUUCCUUUGUCCCAGUACGCACCGGACCCUAGUGAUUCUACAAAUGCAAUACCAUAUGUGGUAACGCGUUCCGCAGCUCCACUUCUUUUGGCUGUGUUCGCGCAAGCAGUAGGAGCCCUGUGCUGUGUCCUAGGUCACUGCGUCAAGGGACGAAGGCUAUGCACAUUUAUAGCGGGCGUAAUGUUUAUAAUAUCCGGUUUGAUUAUGCUGACUGGUAUUGUCAUGUACAUAUCAGUAUUCAAAUCACAAGUUGGCCACAAGCUGCGAUACAUGACAGUUUUCGAUACACCGCGAAUGUCCUAUAGCUACGGUUAUUCUUUUGGAUUAUACUUGAGUGGAUUCGUGGCAGCCGAACUGGCAGGCACGUCGGCAAUUUUCCUUUUCCUGCAAUGGUAUCAAAAAGAUUGGAUAACAGAACUGUGCGAAAAAGCAAAAGCAGAUUGCAGAGCUUGGGAUCGUGAAUACACUUUUUCCGAAUGCAGAGAUAGAGAUUCGUCGCUUCUUGAAAGACGAAUGAUGAAAAGGGACACAUACCCGCCGACGGGAUCGUCUGCGGCGACUCCUCACGAACGAAGGCGUUUCGUUUUCGACGGUGACGAAAUGCCACACUGUUCUAUACAUAAAAAUAGAAGAAUUAAUUUAAGCUCAGCAUCACUGAAAGAUUUGUCAUCCUCGACUUUAUACGGCUUCCCAGCUGCACCGAGGCCGACGGCUUGUGACAAUUAUGGUUUGAGGAGUGCAUCGAUAUUUCAAUCACAAGCGUCAAUAGCUAGCGGCAGAUUUCUCGAUACUUCGGCUGUGGAACCGCCGCCUUCGAGGGAAGAGGAGUUGGUGACGUUCGGUGCGGGUGCCCGAGCAAAUGCCGGGGACAAGCCGCCUCGACACGACCGCGCCGUCGGCACCGACCCUUAUCGGAGGACGACACCCGUUUGAUUUUAAAUGUGGUGUCACAACAUUGAAAGCAUAUCGUUAAGUGAUACCGCGACUGUGACCCUGGUCGCACAAUUGUCUACAGCCCUAGUUAAUAAUUUGUAUGUAUAGAUAGGAGUGGACUGCGAAGUGAUUUCCGAAUUUAUGGACAAACAGAAGUGAACUACGUUAUAAAAUUUUUAAUUGUUAAUUCCUUAAAUAAACACUGCCAUUUAUGUAAA